AUCCUCUCAAUGUGACAACCGACGAUCAAGAUGCUUCCAAAAUAGAUAUACAAAAUUUAAAACCUUUCACCCUGUAUAGAGUGACAGUACAAGUCAUAAGCAGAGCGGGAAUUAGUGAUUUUAGUGACCCAAAGUAUGAGAAAACCUUUCCAGGAACCCCAUCGGUGCCUCGGAAAGUCAUGGUUAUGGACGUCAAUUCUUCUGCCAUCCAACUGACGUGGAAAGUCCCUGCUAAGACUAAUGGUGUUAUAUCACACUACUUUGUAUACUACAGAAAUUUCCUUGAGAAAGUUAUUGCUAUUCCUGCUGAAGAAACUUAUUCAGUAGCUUUGUGGCAAGGUGUUAAAAGCUACACUAACUACUCUAUUUCUGUAACAGCAUGUAAUGAUAAACUGUGCUCCUCUCCAUCAGUGACUGUCUAUGGGAUGACUUGUAUAGACGCUCCUGGAGUAAUGAUGGAACCAUAUGUUGUUGAUGUUUAAUGUAUGUUCCAACUCUAACGGCUCCAGGAGUAAUGAUGGAACCAUAUGUUGUUUAAUGUUGAAUGUAUGUUCCAACUCUAACAGCUCCUGGAGUAAUGAUGGAACCAUAUGUUGUUGAUGUUUAAUGUAUGUUCC